AUGGCGCCUCUCUUCGUCUUAUCCCUACCAAAGGCUAGUACAUUCCUCCUUGGAAUGAUCUUGACUGUGAUCUUACAAGGGUAUUGUGUGACGUCCUUCUCGCCCAUCUCGAGCCCCAACCAACUCGCUCCAAGAGCAAUCCAGACUCCUACCGGUGCCGCUAGUACAUUCCAUGGACACCAUGCAGUGGUCACCAACAUUCACCGGGGAACUCGCAGCUAUCCAACAAGUAUCGUUUGCAGUGCGAAAUACGGUGAUUACGAUGAUAGUCAAGAUAUUGAUGGCACGGGGCGAGGUCAAUAUAUUUUGGCCUUUUCUCUUCUGGUGUGCAUAUGGUGUUUCUCCAUUCCAGUAGAGCUUCGAAGGGCCCACUGGUGUUUCUCAGACCGAUGCGAACAAAAUCGGUCGUUGCCUGUUUGCAACAACUGUGUUACCUUUGGAGAAUGGUCAAAUGAUGUUGCCGAGUACUAUCGCAAUGGUGGCGGCGUCCAUUUUGACUUUUCGGUUGGAGAAGAAACCAAAGAGCUCUUCUCAAUGAAGUGA